AUGGUGACGGCCGCGUGGCUCUUCCCUACUGUAGUCUUCCACACUGGAAAGUUCUCGUUUGGGUGCUGUCUCGGUCGCAGUCCGACGCGUGAGGACGUGUCCAGCCGAACCAGUGCUGCAUGGGAUGAUGUCACAUUAUCGCAACGCCAUCUGCUGGACCAUUACAGGUUGAUCAAAGUCUUGGGGGAAGGUUCGUUUGGCGUCGUUUGGAGUUGCGAGCACGUCAUUACUGGAGAAGAAUUUGCAGUGAAAAUGGUUGACAAGGUGGAGACGCCGUUCCAGGACAUCAUGCGCGAAGCUGACUUGAUCCAGACGCUGGAUCAUCCGAACGUUGUAAAAUGCUUUGGCAUAUACUUCGACAACUGCUUCGUGUGCAUCGUGAUGGACAGGUUUAAAGGCGGAGAUGUCGUUCAAGCUUUGCAGGAGCGAACGAAGAUUUCACGCAUCUUUCCAGACCAUGACCUGGUGCAUGUGAAGAGACAAAUGGCAACAGCCGUCGCGUAUUUGCAUAGCCAUUACGUGGUACAUCGAGAUGUCAAGGGCGACAAUUUCCUGAUGGAUCAAGCGGACUUAACGUGUUCCCAGUGUAGAGUUGCUCUGACAGACUUCGGGACGGCAUGUCAUUUCGAGCCAGGUGGGCGGCUGCACUCAGAAUGUGGCACGCACGCGUUUUGGUCACCGGAGUUCUUUGACUUGUCCUACAAUGAGAAGGUGGACAUUUGGGCCCUGGGUGUGUUGACCUUCGGCCUGCUCACCACGAAGUAUCCCUUCAAGGGAGAGGAAGAGAUAAAGAAGAAGCAGAUUUUCUUCCCGCCGUAUGUCCACGAAGAAUGCGCCGAGAUGGUUUCGAUGAUGUUAGACAAGGAUGAGGGCACGCGGGCGUCUGCAGCGGACAUCAUCCAUCAUGGCUGGCUGGAUGGCACCAGGAAAAAAGCACGCAUGAUGAUGCAGUCGUCCUUCCUCAGCGAGAACAGCUUGCUUGAUGGUGAGAGCUUUCAGGAAGCAGAGGUCGACCACGAGGUGACCCGCAGGCGCCUCUCCCUCGUCGACCGCAUGCAGCACGAUCAUCUGAUUCUGGAUCCAACUGCAAUCCCAACUGCUUCCCGCCGCCUCAUGAAUCACACCAAAUCUGCGUUCUUCAUCCAGAAUGCAGAUGGCGCAACGCUCUACUACAAGUGGGUGCCAAGCUACCAGAUGCGGAAGCAGCACAGCCUGCAUCGAUUCCUCGAGUCCCCGAUGCGGGAGCAUGCGGAGGAGAGCCUCUCUUUGUCGCCGCCAGAUGUUCAGUUGUUUGAGAAGUUCCUGAACGAUCAUAACAUCGAAACGGCAAAAUUCGGCGUGGAUCUGGCAAAGUCAUUGGCUGCACUUGCGGCCGAGGUGCACAGUGGGGCAUCACGGCUUAUGUUGGACGCAGCAAAGCACAAGAAACUCGUGCGUGUGGUGGACGUGGUUGUGCUCAAGCUCUAUGAUGAUGAAGACCGGCUUCUCGUCGACAUGGAGGAGCACUUCUCGGAUGGGCGCCGGCGGCCAACACGACGGCUUCCCGGUUCGAAGAAGGAGACAACAGAGAAUGUCCGCCAAACUGCCGAGCGAAUCUUGGAGGAGACGCUGAACCUGGAUCCUUCCAUGGUGUCUCUGAACCUCCAUCUCGUCAGCAACCAGGAGGAGGAGUUGGACUCGCCAUCCUAUCCUGGCCUGCGCACGGUUUAUCGAAAGGAGAUUGUAAGAGGAGUUGUGGAAACCGAGGACCCCGAGCUGCAAAAGAAGUUCGGCCUCGGGAGAGAAACCAGUGGCUGGCGAGCCACCGAGAGAGGCUGCACCAGGUACCUCCAGUGGAUGACGGAGCCGGAAGCUAUUGCUGCUUGUGUCAAGGUGGACGCAGAGCGGUCGGUGAGCUCCUCGCUGGUCCAGGCGCCGAUCGGUCUCAAGGAGGAUGAGCUCACGGCAUACCUCACAGAGCUGGAAGUCGAUGUGAGCAACUAUGGGCGUGGGGGCGCAAAGACGCUGAAAGCAUUUUCCGACGAGCUCAUCAAGGGUGAGGUCCAAGUUGGCAGGGACAAGAACGGAGUCCCUGUGGUCGUCUCAGAGGUGGUGAACCUCUGCAUACACGAUCAAGGGCGUGGCGAGACGCUUUGCCAGUACAAGGAGGAAAAUGAGUUUGUCGUUGCGAGGCGCAUCUUAAAGAGACGCCUUCGCAUCAACCCCAACACCGUGAUCCUGGAUACGAAGGACUUGGUUGGGGCUCGGGCUGGCGGCCACAAGUUGAUGGGCAGCAGGGUCAGACGAGUCCAGGAGGAACGGUCCACAACCGCUUACCCGGGACUGAUCUUCGCCAGGGCCACGGUCACGGAGUUUUCGAUCAAGGUAAUCACGGCCAGCUUGGACCCACGAGAGACAGUCCUGGUCGACGUCGAGGUAGUCGUAUUUGUUGUGGGUGCCCAGAGAGACCAAGCAGCCAUAUGCGACAACUGGAAUGAAACACAGUGUUCCGACAUGAACGACGGCGGUUGCAGUUGCUAUUGGAACACCACAUCUUGUUCAAAGAACACCUCCGACUGCAGUGGCGUUGGCAUCACGUCCGUGGGUAGCAAUUGCACGCUGACAGGGGGUGAAGAAGUGAGUGAGGGGCUCAGUUCGCUCAACGCCGCCCUGCGUGCACUGCCGGAGCCACCGCCUCCUGCUGCAGAGCGCAUAGCCUUGGAGGUGGCUGGAGAGUGCUUUGUGCUCAGCCGCGGGGCAGCGGGCUGCCAAGUUGUGCGGCAGCCAGCCGGACCUCAACGGGAGUGCGUCAUUGCGGUGCGCUCCGCGGCAGAUCUCUGGGCGAUUGCCCGCGGCAGUUCCAGCCCACAGGCAGCUUUCGCGCAAGGAAAGAUCUCAGUACGAGGCGGCUUCUCUGCUCUACUGGAACUGCGCCCUUUCAUCGCAGAGCUGCGAGGAAAGCUCCCAGUUAGUGACCUGGUGCCGGGUGGCACGUGGCUCCCAGAUUCCGCCGCCGAGGCCUGCAUGGCCUGCGACGCAGCCUUCACGCUGUUUAGGCGCCGCCACCACUGCCGCAGCUGCGGGCGGCUUUUCUGUGACCGCUGCAGCCCUUGGCGGGCAGGCCUUGCAGCACGUCAGUGUGAUGAAUGCUUUCGUGCCAAGACGGAGAUCUCUGAGGGCGCAAAGAAGAAAGACCAGGGCAUCGUCGCGGAGCAGAUGCGCCUGCUGGAAGUGCGACUGGAGGAAGUCGAAAGUGCGGCCGCCGCACGCGAGGCGGAGGAUUUCUUGGGGGCUGCCAAUGCCUUCCUGGGCCUCCUGGCAGUCAGCCUGCUGCUGGCGCUAGCAUUCAUGGGCGCCGAAAGGAGCCAUGCCUUUGUCCUGGCGGUGUGCGUGGUGCUGGGCAGGUUCCUGUUCUUCCGUCAGCUCCGAGCCUUGUGGCUCUGUGUCCUGAUUCUUUGGAAGUACAAGCAGAGUGCUUGGGAGGCAAAACGCCUUUGCGAGGAGGACGGCAAGCGGUUGCUGUCCGCACGAUACAGGGUCCUGGCUUUUCUCGGCGCUCGAGGCCUGCGACAGCUUGGGGGCGUAUGGCCGAAAGUGGGCCAAUACCUCAGCACUCAAGGCGACAAGUGGCCCGACGAAGUUCUUUCGGAGCUGCGAAAGCUGCGCGACGCGAUGCCUGCUGCACCGGCUCACGUCACAAGACGAACCAUCAAGGAAGAUUUGGGCAAGACGGUGGAAGAGCUCUUCCGAAGCUUUGAGGAGCAGCCAAUUGCCAGCGCGUCCAUCGGCCAGGUGCACAAGGCGAUCCUUCACGAUGGUCGGCUAGUGGCAGUGAAGGUCCAGCACCGGCAUGCAGAAAGACAAAUCCCGAUCGAUGUCGCCUACAUGCGCCUCCUUGCGAAUCUGGCAUGGUUGCUGACGAUGGGCGAGGUUGACUUGAUGCCCGUGGUGGUGGAGUGGCUUGGUGCCGUGGUGGAAGAGCUGGACUUUAAGAACGAAGCCAAGAAUCAGGCACGGGGCCGCGCAGAGCUCCAAGCAGCGGGCCUCGACAUUGUUGUGCCCGAAGUCUACGAGUCCCUCUGCGGCCGUCGUGUGCUCGUCAUGGAGUUCGUCGAGGGCCACCAGGUCACGGCGGGCGAUGCAUCAAUGUCAGCAGCCGAACGCCUGCAGGUUAUGACGUCCCUGGUCCGGGCGUAUGCGCACGGACUGUUUGUGUCCGGGCACUUCAACGGCGAUCCUCAUGCGGGCAACCUACUGGUGACCCGCAGGAAUGGGAAGGCCCAAUGCGUGCUGUUGGACUGGGGCCUUACGAAGGAGCUAACCAACCAACGGCGGCUGGCUGCCUGUAAGCUCAUCGUGGCCGUGGGCAUGAAGGAUACCAACGGCAUUGUGGAGGCUUUCAGGGAGAUGGGCAUGAACUUCUCCGCGCACGCAGAUCCCGAGCCCGACCUGCUUUUGGCAAUCCUGCGGCACAUCAGCUUGAUUGAGCACAAGAAGGAGUCCAGGAGGAUCCAAGCGAAGUUCGGCGAGACAAUGGAGAAAGCCAUCUCCCACAAAAUGGACCUGCACACGAAGGUGGACAGCUACACGGGCGACUUCUUCUUCAUUUUCCGCGUGGCCUCGCUCAUCAAGGGCUUGGCGACGGUCUUGGAUAUCCGAGCCCAGUUCCUGGAGAUCUUCAUCGAUGUCAGCCGGAAGGUCCUCGCUGGACCCCGUCCGCACCCAGCACCCCCAUUGGCGGCGCUUAGCAGUGCGGAGGCGCGGCUUGCCCGUGAAGCGCAUCGAGCCUUGCAACGCGGGGCUGUAGGCAUCCAAGUUGCCAGAGUCAGCCGUGAUGGAUCCGCGGUUCUCAACUUGGCAUUUGGCCACGUUGCCUACACCUCUUGGCAGCCACUCCAUCCAACCGAUCCCUUCCCGCUUCGUGGCACGGCGUUCAUGGCCACCCUGGUUGCAGCCUCCACUGCCCACGUGCUGAAGCGCAAAGGAAUCUCGAUGUCCGCGCCUGUGGCUUCCGCUUUGUGGACAAAGUUCCCAGCUCCAUCUGGGACCACAGUGGGCGAGGUGGUGCGCGGCGCAGGCCCAUGGAGCGAGGCGCCAACCGCGCCAAGCGCACGGCGCCUGGCAGAUCUUCAAGGCAUGCUGUCAUGGCUGGAGACAGCCCCGCCAGCGAAUGGUUCUUGUCCACCGUGGUGGCCGGCCACAGCGCAUGCCACAGCCUGCGCGGCGCUUCUCCGAAAGGUAGGGUCGACGCCCAGUGAUGCUUUGCAGUCCUUCUUUGCGCAGGCUGCGCGCCCCUUCUUCAAAGCUGCCAUGUCCCCCGUCCAGCUCUCAAAGCCGAUCAUGAGCGUGGAAAGCGCCGAAGUGGAAGCGGCACAGGAUGCCCUGGUCGCAUCGCUCGGCGCCGAUGAGAUGAGAUGCAUGCAUCUGGGCGAUGCCCUGAACUCAGUAGGCAGUUUCCUGAAUACCCGGUAUGCUCUUUAUGCAGUGCUGGCUGUGGCGGUGAUGUGCUUCAUGGGGAAGAUGGCCUUCACUCCCUCCCUCUCCUCGGGGUUCGGGCGCUCCGCGCAGACGGGCGAGGCAGCCCAGCAGCGAAGCCUCACCCAGCGCCACGCGGACGGCUCCUACCUGAAGCCAUUUGGCCCGGCUGUGUCCUACGCCAAGGCGCUCCGAGAAGCGGGCAUGGCCAAGAAGGAGGACGCGGCCGUGAUGGGAGACAUUCUGAAGAUCAAGGCCUUCUACGAGGAUGAGGCCAUUUUCGAGGAGCUGAGCUUGGUCCAGAACGACUUCAACCUCACGGAAGUGCAGCGCGCCGACAAGAUCAUCGACAUGGUCAAGCCGUUGAAGUCCUCGGUGGUGCCAAAGUUCAUCCGCUUCCUGGCCAAGAAGAUGCGCCUCAGAGGAUUGAAGGCCAUCUGCCUCGAGUACGUGCAGAGCGCAUACUUCACGGAAUCCGUGGCCCCGGUGAAGGUCACUUCUGCCGUGCGUCUCUCGGAGGAGCAGAAGAACAAGAUCAUUGAGAAGAUGAAGGUGAAGUGCGAGACGGACAGCAUCAAACUCAUCGAGGAAGUGGAUGGCAACCUCAUCAGCGGCUUCAAGAUCGAGUGGGGCUACGUCGACCCAGUGACCCUGGAUGCCCCGAGCCAUGGCGUCGACCUCACGCUGAAGAACAUCCUGAACAAGAAGGCUCUCCAGGUGGGCGGCCUGGUCGAGGCGCUCUAA